AUGGAAGCGGCUGCCGACGAAGCAGCGCCCCGACAUCGCGGGCUGGGCUUCUUCCCCGAGGCCAAGGUGAUCCGGGACGACAACCCUGGCUGGCGGCGAGCCGGCGUCGAGCAGCAAGCAGACGCCUGGAGCCAGUGGAAGGACUGGCACACGAACGCGUCCGGCCACGGGGGGCAGACGCGCCUCCCGCCCGUGUUUGUCCGCGCGGAGGGGAGCUACGACGAGCUCGGGCGCUCCGUCGUGGACGGGUUUGGCGUGGACGUCGACGAGGGCGAGGUCGACGCCGACGAGGGCAAGGAGAAGGGACGCGACGUCGCCGACUGGUAUCGCUCCCUCUCUCGCGCGAGCAGUACCCCGAAGGGGAUCUCGACGCCGCAGCCCGUAACGGCGCCCAAGCCGCCAGAUCCAGUGCCGGAGGCAGCGCCGCCGCCGCCCGACAAGCCACCACCGCCGACGGCGGCGGCCGCGCCGCUCCGCAUCCACUCGUCGGAAUGGUUCAUCCGCCGCGCGCUGGCGUCAAAGGCCAAGUCGGCCUCGGGCUCUCCAGCACCAUCUGCGCCCCCGCCGCCCCGCUCGUCAAUCGGCGCACUGCUCAAUAUCGACGCCGCGAAGCCGCCGCCCGCGCCCAAGCCGCGAUAUGUCCUCGGGCCGGAGAACGCAGGGUAUGGUCGGCUCGCGGCGCUCGGGUGGGCGGGCAGGGGGCUGGGCAAGCCUGUCGAGGGGGCGACUCCGCCGCCGGUGGAGAAUAAGCGCAAGCCCGUCGUCGACGCGGACGGCACGGUCGACCUCACCGGCGUCCCGUCCGACUCCUCGGACGAGGACGACGACAGCGAGCCCGAAGCCCCCUCCGGGCCAGGCCGCACAGCACCCAUCGCGACGGCGCUCAAGCUCGACCGUGCCGGCCUCGGCCGCAAGGCGCCGCCGGCAAAAGUCACCCACUCGGCGGCGGAGAUCGAGGCCGCGCAGCGGCGCGCGCGCCGGCACAAGGCGCCUGCUGCUGGCGGCGAGAUGGGCAAGAAGCAGAAGGUCAAGUGGGCGCAGCGGGAGCGGCAGGAGCGCGAGAGUCGGAAACGCAUCGCGGCGUUGUUGAACGGCUGA